AUCAUCUCAGUUGAUGACAUCAACCCAUGCCUUAACAGCUCCAGCUCUCCUCAGUACACCUGUACUUAGGUAGUUUGUUCCAGCAACUUGGAGAAGUUGCCUCAGUUCCUCUGUGGAUUCAGGCUGUCUCAGUGUCUUCUGUCUCUUCAUGUAAUCCCAGACUGACUCCAUGAUGCUGAGAUAAGGACUCUGUGGGGGUCAGACCAUCUACUGCAGGACUCCUUGUUCUUCUUGUCUCUGAGGACAGUUCUUUAUGAUGCUGACUGUGUGUUUAGACUCACUGUCCAGCUGCAAAAUUAAUCUGGGCCUGAUCAGACACCUCCCUGAUGCUACUGAUGAAGGAUAAGAGUCAAAACAUCUGAAGUGCCUAAAACCUUUGCACAGCACUGUAUAUUUCAGUGGGGUGGGUUUAGCUGAAACAGUCUCACAAACUAUAGUACUAGGUGGUAAUACAAGUAGUUUAAAUACAAUCAACUUCUUGUGUGAGAUUCUGAACACUUAGCUACCAAACUACAACUCUAUAGGCACAGUUGGCGGCACUAUCACCCUUACCUACCAAAUGUAGCAUUUCACCAAGUGUGUGUCUGAAUCAUGUGCCACAUAUCAGUGAUAAGGGAUAUUGUUAGAUGGGUUUAAAUCCAAAACCUUCCCCCUUAUGCCACAAUGCCAAGUACAUCAAGUCUGCAUAUGCAUGUUCCCCACUACUGAGAGAAAGCACGUUUUCUUAAGCAAUCCAGACGCUGUUCACAUAAUUAAAAAGUCAAGGUUAAGUUAGGUAUUAGGUUUUUGCCUGUGUUAUGUACCAGCUACAAAUCUACAAAUGACUGCAAGGAUGUGUCCCUCGCCAAGGCUCAACAAAGGAACACUGGCCAAAAUGGACACCCUAUCUUUUAAACGUAUCAUAAACAUUUGUAUACUUGGGGUCAGCUCACUCUAUACAAAGCUGGCAUCUUUAAAGGGCCAGGUCACCCAAAAUUAUGAAAAAAACAAAACAAAAAUGAAAUAUUUUCUCUCCUGCCUCUCAAUGUCAUUUUAUUUAUUCAUUUAUUUUUCAGGGGCAACAUACACAAAUUAACAUUUAUAUGAUGUAAAUAUGUCAGAUUUUCAACUGCCGUCCCACCCUGUGUGAUUUGCAGUAAGGUAUUCACAGUGGAUAAACCUCUUGGAAAAUCAAUAGUUCUUGGCAGGUUCUUGAUUCUUGACUGCAGAGGAGACAGGCUGGGAUUUGACACCUCAAUUUUCAGCAGAAGGUGCAGAUACUUGAUCUACUGAUAGUGUUGAGGAGACAGGAGAAGGACAACACUACUACAGCCUCUGGGUUAGAGAGCAGAAUAGGUUCAUAACAGUACAUGUUGUUGAUCAUCAUGGUGAUAGAAGACUUAGACUCAGGAGGUAGAGUGGGGCACCCACUAACAGAAAGGUCAGUGGUUUGAUCCUCGGCUCCUCCAGGUGCUGCCUCUCAUCCCGACCACUUCGCACUCAGCUGCAAACCAUCCUAGUGUGCACUGGAGGUCUGGGUCUGAUGAAGCCAACAGAACCACAUCAUCUGCAAAGAGCAGCAAUGCAAUUCUGAGGUUCCCAGAUCUGACACACUCCUCGUCUUCGGCUGCGCCUUGAAAUGCUGUCCAUCAAAAUUGCAAACAAGAUCAGAGACAAGGGGAAGCCUUGGCAGAGUCCAACACCCACUGAAAACACUUUGGCCGUGCAAGGACCUGAUGGCUUUCUUCAGCAGUCCUGGUACUCCAUACUCCCUCAGUACCCCCUACAAGGCUCCUCAAGGGACACAAUCAUAGGCCUUCUCCAAGUCCACCAAACACAUGUAGACUGGAUGGUUAAACUAACCACAACUCCCUCAGCACUCCUGCAAGGGUAAAGAGCUGGUCCACUGUUUCACAACCAGGAUGGAAUCUGCAUUAUUCCUCCUGAAUCUGUGGUUUGAAAAUCAGUCAGAGCCUCCUUUCCAGCACCCUGGUGUAAACUUUUCCAGGCAGGCUGAGCCAUGAGACAUCCGCUGGUUUAAUCUUAAACAACAUGCUGUAUUUUAAAUGCUUGUUAUAAAACUUGUGCUUGUCCAAUGCUUGUCCAAAACUGUGUAAAAAAGUUUUUUAAAAAGUCUGUCUUUCAAAAAAAGGGGAUAUGAGACAUUUUCAGCCAGAUGAUAUUUUUAAUUCAUCAUGUUUGAAACUUAAGGAUGAUGAUAUGUACAGUAGUAGAUUACCAGGAAUUAAUAUCUGUCAUGUAAAAUAAUUACAUAGUUUAGUGUAAGUGCAGUUGUCUUUUUUCCAAAUCCCUAUAAAUACUCCUUCACAUAUUUCCUGGACCUCAUAAUGUUUUCCAUCAUGUUCAAGGAAAAGUGGUCAGGAAAGGACUUUUUGAGUACUUCUUAUAUACAAUGCAAGGUGGCGCGUUGCUCUGUAUGUAGAUUUUGAGGCCAAGCCAAGCAUUAACCACAGAGGUAGCCCUGACCACUAACCUAGUUUGUCACUGUGCAGAAGUUCAUCUUUCUUUAAGGUAGGAUUUUACCAUUUUGCCAAGUGCUCACAAAAGCAAUUAUUUUCUCUUGGUGCUGAAUUAGCACAAUUCAACAAUAUGCAUAAUACACAGUAUUGUACUGGUAUUUUCAUGUGUGUGACUGGUCAAGCUCUGUGCCAGGAUAAACUGUUUUGGAGGACUUUUAUUGAUUUAUCGAUUUAUUCAUUCAUUUGAAAUAUCCUGUGCUUUUUAAAUUUUACCCAGUUAAAUUCAAUUAGUGAACUGCUUCAUAACUGCUAAUCUAUCAGGGUCCUUACAGUUUCUACAUUUAUCAAACUGUGAAACUGCCAUCACACCAGUGUUUUCUGGGGUUAAACGUUAGUUCAGAUGCUUAGCUAUAGUAACAUUAUGUGAUGUAUUUUUCCGAUCUUUUCUUAUUAUUUUCAAAUAGCCUCUGCUUAUAAAGAAACAGGACAUAAAACAUCAAGUAUGAAGGAUAGCACCAAAGGCCAAAUAAUUAUUGUCCCACCUUAGACUUAGGCCUUAUUUUAUAUGUCAGACACAAAAUAUAUUAAUACAUUAAUACAGAAUAUCCUUGCAUGGCGAAAAACAGCAGCAACGGGGUUCAAUGGACUUGUGUAGUCAAAUAGUAUGUAAGGCAGGUUUUGGAUUGAGGAUUGGAGUGAGACAGCCCGCCCUGUUUACAUGUUACACAUGGCCUGCUCUGCCCCUCCCCCGUCCUGACUUUUCGCAUCCCACUGCCAAAAUAUGUGAAAGUCAAUCCAAGCCCCACCGUUCAGCCAGCAUGUUAUUUAAAACUGGACACCGUCAUGGCAGGGGUACCGAAAAGCUCCAGUGAAGCCAGCGAGGAUCCACCCUUAAACCAGUGAAAACAACGCCUCUCCGGUUAAACCUCAGCUCCGACUCCUUCUGUUUUUCCGUCCUGUCUGUCCAUCAGCCUCAGAUGUCCCUCCCGGUGGUGCUGCCGGGGUCUUGCUGUCCGGUUACCGGAGCUUCGCAGCUCGCAGAGCCGUCUUACCGAAACCGACCCCGUGGCUUUUCUGCUUCUUCCCGGAUCGCCAGCGGGGGCUCUCGGCUGCUGCUGCCUGGGCGGCCGCUGCUCUCGCUGGGCUUGUUGCAGCUGCUGCUCGGUGGCUCCAUGGUGGCACUGUCCUUUGGAGCUCUGUCCCUCAGCAACUCACCCCCCAUUCGAAACUCCUGUCCCUUUUGGGCAGGCUCCUCGGUCAUUCUGUCAGGCAUUGUAGGCCUCACAACAUGGAGGAGGCCCAUGCUUCUGCUGGUCAAUGUGUUUGUCCUGCUGUCUGUGGUUUGUGUGCUCCUUAAUCUGGCUGGAUUCAUCUUGUGCUGCCAGGGAGCCCAGCUGGUUUCCAGUAUGACCAGCUGCCAAUUGAGUGAGGAUGGAGAUGUAUGUUACUGCUGCUCCCUCUCUCCAACCUCCAAAUGUCCUGAGGAGAAGCUACUGGAGCUUCACCCUGCCCACUCCUGCAGCACCAUGAGGAUCCUGCUGAAGAAAGUGUUGUUUGCACUGUGUGCUCUGAAUGCUCUGACCACAGCUGUGUGCCUUAUGGCAGCUACCCUGAGAUAUCUGCAGAUCUUCACUGCAAGAACACCCUGCAUGGAUGAACCCAGGGCCACAGUGGAGGAAAGGGAGGAACCAGCUCAGGUCCCGGACCCAGAUGAGUUUGUAGCCCCAGCUCCUCCCCCCUCCUACUUCUCCACUUUCUACUCAUACACACCACGUCUGGCUCGCCGAAUGCUCGGGGGCAGUGUGAUCCCUCUUCCUCAUAUCUAUGGGGCUAGAAUGAAAGGGGUGGAAGUUUUCUGUCCACUAGACCCCCCACCCCCAUAUGAGGCUGUUGCUGGAAGCUCAACCAAUGCAGUCACACAGGAGACAGAGAUUGCUCUGACAGAGUUGACUAUGAACUCAACUACCACUCCUCCACCCACCUGUGUUCGAGGUAGGACACACGUCCACACACCAGACACAAGUCCCCAGAUGGUAUCAGUGACACCAGGUGUUGUUCCGAAGGCGAGGCCUCAGACUCAGCCUCCUCAGCAGCAGCAGCACCCUCCAGGACUGAUCCACCAGAGGAAAGCAGGGAUUCGCCGCUCCAACAGUGACCCAGUGUUGAUGGACCUUGCUGCUAAAGUGUGGAGCAGCAGCGACACUCCCCUCACUCCUUCUCUUCAGACAACAGAUUCUUCCACCCAGACUUCCCAGUCCACGCUGGCUGCCAACACUCAGGGCCAGGUCACACUGCGACACGGCAACUUAGACAGUAGGACUCCCCGCCGACCCCGACCCUCCUCCAUGGUGGACUACCAGAGCUACCAACACACACAGCAGUUGGUCAGGAAAAUCCUGGAGCAGCCAGCAGCCCAGGGCCUGGCACCUGAGGUCCAGGAGCUGGUGGACAGCAUACGAAAUGUACUGCAGUCAGAUCAAGAGCACAUGGAGGAGGCUGUACGCUGUGCAAGUUACAUAGAACAGGUGUUCACUGACUCAGAGAUGGAUCCUAGUCAACCUAAACCACCCCAGCAGCAGCAACAGCAGCAGCCAGCAGGUAGUUCUUCCCAGACUUUUCCUCGUCCUCCCAGGAGAAGGCCUGGGCUGCUGCAUCUGCAGAGCUGUGGGGACCUCAGCUCCUUCAGUUGCGCAGCACUUGAGUCUGUGGACCAGCAAGGAAAUGGUAGAAAACUGGUGUCGAGGGCAGGCUCUAGAGCAGGUUCAAGGGCAGGGUCAAGGACACGGUCCCGUCUGGAUCAUCCUGACCGCCCACACAGUUUGAUCGGAGUCUUUAGAGAGACAGUGCUUUGAGGGAAAACCAAUGUUAUUAAUGUGUUGUGGGUGGCAACACACAGCUGGAUGCUGCCUUACUGGUUGCUAAACUUUGAGAAAUAAACUAUAAUAACUCAUGGACUGCAAAUCAACCACUGAAGAUGAUCUGUGUGUGUGUGUGUGUGUGUGUGUGUGUGUGUGUGUGUGUGUGUGUGUGUGUGUGUGUGUGUGUGUGUGUAUAAUAUGUGCUGAUGAGUGUGUACGAGAGCUGUUUUUUAAAAACUGCUACUGCAGCUUUUGUGACAAUUUAUUUGUGAAAUACAAAAAAUAUGGACUCCUUGUUCUGAAACAUAGUGCCUAGGAUCCAAGGUUUUAUAUGCUUUCUAAAUAUUUACUGAGAUUUUGACAUCAUAAUAAGUUUGCAUUUGUUCCAAAACACCACAACAGCAGUUCUUUUACAAGUAUCUUGUUGUUUUUUAAUGGUUAGCUUAUACAUUUUCAGAUACUGGUAAAAGACUUAUAUUUAGAUUCAGAUUCAUACUUUAUUGUCCCAGAGGGGAAAUUUCUUCUCACAACCUAUAUGCACAUUUAACAAAUAACAUUUGUUCACACUUAUGCUUUUACAUUGUUUCUUAAUUAUUUCCAAUAAGUUUCUCGUAAAGAAAUUUUAAGAAUCCAAAUGUUCAGUAAGUAUUCAUAAUUCUUUUGGUAUGGAAACCUUAUUAUCUUAUAUGUUGAAUAGUGUGUUUAUAGACAAAUUUCAUGUUUUAUCAUGUUUAGCUUACCUGCUGUACACUGACUGAAGACUCCCUCGGUUACACUAGCAAUUAAUUUUACCCAUAAUUACUGCCAACUUGCACAAUUCUUUCAAGGAAACUUCUUGGACAUUAUUUUAAAAUUACAGUCCAUACAAUAAAACUGAAAACCUGUUAACCUGACAAAAACAAUUAACACAAAAACUCUGUAAAUCAAGUCUGAUUUGCAAACUAUGCCUCUUUUGUGGAGAGUCUGGCAGAUCUGGAUCAUAUAAAAGAGGAUGAUGUGAAACAGCAUUGAUCAUGCAUGUUCAAUAAAGCCCUAAUAAAUUUGGUAUUGUACUUUUAACACACA